AUGCUUAAUGAUACUGUAAGAAUGGAAAAUCAAGAUUGUGAUGUGAGUGGUGCUGCUUGUACUGUUGAUUGUCCUGCUAACAACUCUACUUCAGCUCGAUCUAGAAUUCGUGCCACCUCUCUUCCCCUUAUUUCCUCUGUUAAUUCCUUAGAUGUGUCCAUGACGUCUCCUCUCCUUCAUGAUGAAGAGUCCGAGAGUGUGAUAUCAUCAAUUCCCUCCCCAAAGUCAUCAUCAUCAUCAUCAUCAUCUCCCUCCAACUUUAUUAUAGCCGAGAAUCCAUCCCAAUCACCAUUCAAUUCAACAACUCAUGCAAUUCCGCCAUCAUCCCCUAAUCAAAGAUUGAGACUUUUAUGUGAAAAGUAUAAUUCCUCUGCCCAUCAAAACAAUAGAUCCAAUUCUUGUAUACCCAACCAACCAUGCUCUCUGAAAACCUUACUAAUGGAUGACUUGCAAUCUAGUCGAUCCAAUAGCUCUAUUUCAGGAAACACUUUCCAUGCAAAACAUUGUCCAUUUCACAGACAUUCAACCAGUGACUUGUUUUGUGUUUCUAGAACUAAGAUGAGCGAUGCAUAUUUCCACUCUAACAUUGGAAAGCCCUCUUCCUCAUCCUCUCCAAUGGAUGACAUGGAAAAUAGUGGUGGAUGCACUGAAAGUGAAAUGGCACACAUGUUCUUUUACUUUGUCUUGGGAAUUGUCAUGGUUAUUGUACAAUUCGCCAAAAAGUGUUUCAAAGAUGAUGUCAGGUCUCAAACAAUUUCACAAACCUCUUCCUCCUCCUAUAAAACUCCAAUCAUUGUUGGUGAGCCAUCCUCAGCAACAACAACCUCAUCAUCAAUACGAUGA